GGUAAGAAUGUGUGGUGAAGUUACGGAAAAAAGUUUUCUAGAAAUGGUCCAUGAAAUGGGUCAUAUACAGUACUAUAUAGCGUACCACGAUCAACCAAUGAUUUACCGAAGUGGGGCCAACUCUGCUUUCCACGAAGCAGUAGGUGAAACUAUGGUUUAUGCAGCUGAAAGCCCAAAGUGCUUGAAAAGUUUAAAACUUACUGAAACUUCUGAAUAUUCGAAGAAAAUGCUUCUAAACACUUUGAUGAAGCAAGCAUUGUCCAAAUUUGUGAUCCUUCCAUGGGCAUUAACGCUAGAAAUAUGGCGCUAUUUGAUGUUUUCUGGAUAUAUCGUAGAAGAAAAUAUGACAGAAAUAUGGUGGAAACUCAGGAGGUCGUUUCAAGGACUAGAGCCACCAGAUGAGGAAGCAUCUAAACUCUUUGACGCUGGUUCUAAAUACCAUGUGAUAAACAAUAUUCCAUACAUGAGGUAUUUCUUGUGUCGGUUCUUGGAGCAUCACUUUCUAGAAGCACUGUGUAAAUUAUCAGAUGAAAAUGUACAUUCAUGUUGUUUUAUUAAUUCGAAACCAGCUGCGGAAAAAUUUUGGAAAAUGAUGUCUCUUGGAGCUUCAGUGACAUGGCAAGAAGCGUUGGAAACUCUGACUGGUCAUUCUAAUUUGUCUCCAAGUCCUCUCAUUGAAUAUUACAAACCUCUGCAUUUAUGGUUAACGGAAUAUAACGAGAAGUACAAUAUUGCCGUAUCUUGGUAGACGUAGAUUUUCGAGUGAACAGAGCUCUUGUUCAACGUAAUAAUCGAACAAUUAAGCUUUUGUCAUAGAUUAGUAAAUAAGUUUGAGUACCAAACUGUCUAAAAACUUUUUGUG